GACUACAGCGCCAGCCUCCCCCACAACCAACACGCGGGGCAAAUCAUCCUAAACCAGCCGGCCCCACCCCCAGCAUUCUUCCACUUCCCCAUCGGCUACGCCGGCCGCGCCAGUACCAUCUCCGUCUCCGGUACCCCCGUCACCAGACCAUCAGGGCACUUCUACGACCGAACCGACCCCUCAUUCCCCCAGACAAAGAAAGUGAUCUUCGGGCCAUGUCGCGCACUAGACUACGAGCUCGAACUGGGGAUCAUUAUCGGAAAACCCCUCCCUCGCGGACAGGGCCUCAAGGCGCAGGAUGCGGAGGAACAUAUCUUUGGGUUGGUGGUGUUGAAUGAUUGGAGUGCACGCGACAUCCAAGGCCUCGAAAUGAUCCCCCUUGGCCCACUAAACGGGAAGAACUUCGCGACUACAAUCUCCCCUUGGAUCGUCACUCUGGAUGCACUGCAGCCGUUUAAGACGCCCGGUCCGGAGCCGAGAGUUUCCCUCCCGGUGCAUUUGCAGGAUCCGGGGGAGUUUAACUAUGAUAUUAGUGUUGUGACGGAGCUGGAAGGCGGUAGUGGUGGUGCUAGUACUGUGCUAGGACGGGGUAAUGCGAGGGACCUCUUCUGGAGUAUCAGACAGAUGUGUGCGCAUUUGGCGAGUACGGGGUGUGAUUUGCGCACGGGGGAUAUUUUGGGGACGGGGACGGUGAGUGGGGAGGAGGAGGGGUCGUAUGGGUGUCUUUUGGAGGUGACGGAGGGGGGGAAGAAGAGGGUGAAGUUGGAAGGAGGUGAUGGGGAGGAGAGGGGAUAUCUGGUUGAUGGGGAUGUAGUGAAGUUGACGGCAUGGGCUGGAGAGGGGGUGGGGUUUGGGGAACUGUUGAAAGGUUGA